CUUUAGUGCUGAGAAUUUCCCUCCUGUGCAGAAUGACGCGUUCCUGCGUGCCGCCCGCGGGGAGGAGUGCCGCCAUGUGCCGGUGUGGUGUAUGAGACAAGCCGGCCGCUACCUGCCAGAGUUCCGGGAGACCCGCGCCGCACAGGACUUCUUCGCGUCGUGCCGGAACCCCGAGGUCUGCUGUGAGCUCACCUUGCAGCCACUGCGUCGGUUCCCUCUGGACGCCGCCAUCAUCUUCUCCGACAUCCUCGUCAUUCCUCAGGCUUUGGGCAUGGAGAUCCGUAUGGAGCCCGGAAGAGGACCUGUCUUCCCGGAACCCCUCCAGAGUCCACAGGACCUGCAGAAGCUGAAGCCCACCGUAGACGUGUCCCAGGAGCUGGGCUACGUGUUCCGUGCCAUCACCCUCACCCGUCACAAGAUCGCCGGGAAGGUUCCUCUCAUUGGUUUCACUGGUGCUCCGUGGACUCUGAUGACCUACAUGAUUGAAGGCGGAGGAUCCACCACCAUGUCCAAGGCCAAACGUUGGCUCUACCAGAACCCGACCGCCAGCCAGCAACUCCUUCAGCUGCUCACCCGACGUCAUCGUGGACUACCUGGUGGGACAGGUGGCAGCAGGUGCCCAGGCUUUGCAGGUGUUUGAGUCCCACGCCGGCUGUCUGGGGGCCCCAGCAAUUCGGGGAAUUCUCUCUGCCGUAUCUCCGCGAGAUCCCUCGGAGGGUGAAACAGAAGCUGAAGUCUGAGGGGCUGGAGGUGGUGCCCAUGAUUGUAUUUGCGAAGGACGCUCAUUACGCGUUGGAGGAUCUGUCGCAGUCCGGCUAUGAGGUGGUUGGGCUGGAUUGGACGAUUGGCCCCCAGGAGGCCAGGCAGCGGACGGGCCGGAGGGUGACCCUGCAGGGAAAUCUGGACCCCUGCGCUCUGUACGCCAGCGAGGAGAAUAUUGAGAAGAUGGCGAAGACGAUGGUGGAGGCCUUCGGCCGACGAGGGUACAUCGCGAACCUGGGCCACGGCUUGUACCCCGAUAUGGACCCGGCCCACGUAGGAGCCUUUAUAGCCGCUGUGCACAAACACUCCAGCAGGAGGAGAAUUGA